CGCCAGGACGCGAUGACGGUUCCCGAGCACGAGCGCACCACGGUCAUGCUGCGCAACUUGCCCAACAACUACUCGCGCGCCAUGCUGCUUCACCUCAUCGACCAGGAGAGGGUUUCGCUGGCUUGUACGACUUCUUGUAUCUUCCGAUUGAUUCACGAGGGUCGGCGGACUUCAAAUCGAAAGCCGCCUUGGGGUGCCCAACCAUGCCGCCAGCAGCAAUCGUGA